AUGGAGGCAAUAGCUGUCGCAGUGGUGGCCAGCCUCCGUCUCGGUGAAAGACUGAGGCUUCAUCCUCCGACUCAGUCUUUGGAAAAGAAAAAUCCACACCACAGAUUCUCUGUUUAUUUCACGUCUCUACGAGGCUACGAGCGUGGAUGUGUCCUGCGGGACGUCCUGGCCGCGCUCAGCGCCACGACCCCACGGCUCGUUUUCCAGAAGACGCUCAAUAGAGCAGACGUCGAUCCGAACCAAACGCGCUUGCUCAUUCCCUGCAGGCCCGGCCGGAAGCACGGUGUCAUCACCGACGCCAACGCGCUCACGGCGUUCCUCACGGCGGACGAGAAGGACAGCGUGUGCGGCGACUCCUACCGGCGAAGGGACCUGCAGGGGAUGCAGGUGCCGGCCUACGACCGCCACGGGCGGCGGUUCGACAUGAGGCUCUGGAUGGUCCGGUCACAGAGCGCCUAUCGUCUCUUCGGCAGCGAGUGGAGGCGUUUCUUGGCAGACAACCAGCUCGAGGAAGCCAUGGCGGUGGCGAAGGAGAUGGGCCGGAAGCUGGAGGUUGAGCUCUGGGCGUUCCGUUCGGUGGAGCUGUUGCCGCGUGGAGACCGGCCACCACCCCGACGGGGCUCUAGGGAUGGUGAUUUUGAUAAGAAAUUAAGAUUGAUAUAUAGCUAG